GCGCCCUGCAGUAUUGGCCCAGAGGUGACACCGGUCGGCCAGCACUCGACCCUCCCUGCCCCGUGUCCAGCCGCAGACCAGCCCCCCUCCAACCAGCAGCCAUGGCGGACCACGGUGUCGAUGAGGAGCACUUGGCCAUGCUCAAGAAAGCCUUCGGCAUGUUCGACCAGAAGAAGACGGGCUCGAUCGAGGUCAACAAGGUGGCCGCCAUCCUCAACACCAUGGGCCAGCAGUUCGACGACGACGAGCUCCAGCAACUUUGCACCGAAAAGGCCAAAGACGGCAAGCUGGAUUUUGACAGCUUCGUCAGCAUCGCGUCCAACUUCCUCGAGGAGGAGGACGACGAGGCCAUGCAGGCAGAGCUGAAGGAGGCCUUCCGGCUCUACGACAAGGAGGGCAACGGCUACAUCACCACUCAGGUGCUGAAGGAGAUCCUGAAGGCGUUGGACGACAAGCUUACCUCGGAGGACCUGGAUGGCAUCAUUGAGGAGGUGGAUACUGACGGUUCGGGCACCCUCGACUUCGAUGAGUUCCUGGAAAUGAUGACUGGCUAGUUGCAUCCUGCUAUCGUUCACCAUCGAAUUCAUGGAGAUGAUGGCCGGUGAAUAGCCGUCCACAGGGAAACUAUGAUCGUCCGGUGACGUCACCAGCCUCAUCUGACGUCAUCACCAGAGACUCCGGGCGGUCGGGUGCUCGGAGCCUUUUGCAGUUUUUUUUUUUUCGCCAGCUCCGUUCCGGCCUCAUACGCAUCCCGGGGGGCAGCGGGGGUUAUAUCGCAAACGAAACAAAGUCGUGUUAAAUCAAAAUGCCGGGCAUGAGAGCCAAUCACCGCAUUGUUGUUCAGUGUUGGGAUUCAUGAGAAUUGCCAUUGUGUUGUGAUCAAAUGGUAACUGACUUCAUGUUUUGGUGAAAUACAAUGAAGUUCUUUA